AAGUAUUUUACAACCGAUCCCAUAGUAAUUUGACACGAUGGCAAUGCUACUCCGCGGCAAGCGCGCUCUGGUUGUGGGGCUCAUGAAUAAGCACUCGCUGGCUGCGGGGAUCACCCAAUCUCUCCUCUCUAGCGGUGCAAGUGUCGUGGUGUCCUCUAAAACACCUUUGAGCGAGAGCCACAUAAAGAGUUGCGCCUUCGAGAUCCCCGACACUGUUGAUGCUCCGAGUCCAGCAUUGCACUUCGAACCGUGCGACGUCGAGAGCGACGAGAGCAUCGACCAGUUGAUGCAACGCUGUGGACAGAUUUUUAGCGGAGAGCUGGAUAUUUUGGUGCAUUCGGUGGCGUUUGCUCCCCGUGAAGCCUUCACCAACGGAUUGUUAGAUACUCCCAGGGCUGCGUGGGCGCAGGCGUUGGAUGUGAGUGCCUACAGUUUGGUGGCGUUAACAAGAGCAGCGAAGCCACUAAUGGCUAGCCAAGAGGGUGAGGCACGAGACCGCAGUGUGUUGGCGUUAACGUAUGCUGGGUCGACCAAGGUGGUGCCAAACUACAAUGUAAUGGGCCCGGCGAAAGCUGCGUUGGAGGCUACAGCAAGACAACUAGCAUAUGAGCUUGGACCGGAAGGAAUCCGGGUCAACUGUCUGAGUCCUGGACCUAUGAACACGGUGUCGGCACGAGGGAUUCCCGGUAUCUCGGUAAGUUUGCAUAUAUUUUAAAGUUUUCAGUGUGAGAUGGCUGAAGGUGGUUUUUGUCGUAGAAAAUGAGGAAAUACGCUGAGAAUCAUGCCCCUCUGCGUCGCAACAGCUCAAACGGUGAUGUUGGAUCCGUUGCUACCUUCCUGUCGAGUGAUCUGGCUGCGGCAAUCACGGGGCAAACUAUCUACGUUGACGGUGGUUUGGGCGCGAUGGCUCCAUAUGCAAGGGAAGAAGAAUAAACAGGGACACUUCAUACUUGAAGGAAGUAGGUUAGUGUGAGUUACCUACGUCACAAUGGCGCGUGGUCUAUCUCUCUUCCUCAAGGACGAUACAUGCUGGAGCUUCUGAUGGUGCUUACAUACUCUGGUCUUCUAUCUCCU